AUGGUGUAACAAUAGCCACAAAUUACCCUUAUACUUCCAAAACUGAAGCAUGUAAAAGGUAAACAGGUUAAUUCAAAAUUAAGGGAUAUUAAAAAGUUGAUCCUAAUUAAAUUUAAUCUGCAAUUAUUAAGUCUCCAAUCGCUGCAUCUGUUGAUGAAUCAAGUUGGACAUUCUAUAACUCAGGUGUUUUUAAUAGAUGUACUUUUGAAGAAUUAAACCAUGAUGUUUGAUUAUAGGUUUCAAUGA